AUGAAGCCGCUAAACGUGUGCAACGACAGUGUGGACCCAAAAAAAGCAGAAAAGUACGGUGAUGUGGGGAAUAUGGCCUACAAAUUGAGGUGGGACAUGAGGAUAGGGGGUAGGCUGAGAAGUGAUGUGAACCCAAGUGGAGAGACCGAAGGAAAGAGGGGACUGCUGGGUAAGCCAAGUGGGGUUUCAGAAAAAAUAACACCACUAAGGCGUAUGGACGAGGAGAUUGGGUCUUCAGAACAAAGCCAGGAACAAAAAGGGCAAAGGGAGAAAAGACAGGAUGUCUGGAUGGUGUCCUCCUCCAUACCAGUUGUAUGUGGAGUGGAAUUACACUCAUUUACUGAGGCAUCUUUUAAUUGGACUAGUUUCUGUGGCGCAAUGGCUUCCAAUGUGACUAACCAAUCGCGUAAUGUGCUCAGUAAAAAGUUCAUGGUUAGAAAAGAGGACACUUUGGACAAUAUCAAUCUCUUCUCCAUAAUAACCAUAAUUUCAUUUAUCUUAUUGGUUCCUGCUGCCAUUUUAAUGGAAGGUGUCAAGUUCACUCCUUCAUAUCUCCAAUCUGCAGGUUUGAAUAUUAGGGAGCUAUGCAUAAGGUCUCUUCUGGCAGGAUUCUGUUUCCACAAUUAUCAGCAGGUCUCUUACAUGAUACUGCAAAUGGUAUCCCCAGUUACACACUGUGUAGGAAAUUGUGUUAAGAGAGUUGUGGUCAUCGUCUCUUCAGUUAUCUUCUUUCAAACGCCUGUUUCACCUAUUAAUUCCCUUGGCAUUGCAGUGGCUCUUACUGAGUCGUUUUGUAGUCGAAGCAAAGCGAAUGAAGCCAAAGCCAAAGGCUGCAUUAGUUUGUAUUAA